AUGGCCGCCGCCGCACCAAUUGUUGCGGUGCACCGCCCGCGCACCCUCGUCUCCGCCUGGCUCUUCCUCAGCUCCAUUGUCGUCGCAUGGGAUGUCGGCUAUAUCCUCCUGCGUCCCAGGAGUAUGCUCGGCGGAGACCUGCAUUGGAUCUGGUCGCCAUACUCGCUCUACAUGACUGUUGACUACAUCUACGGCUUGCCCUCGUGGGAUUCCAAGGAUGGCUUCCCUGCCGCCCAGUCUCUCAUGAACGUCGGCGAGAGCAUUCUCAACUUGUUCUACAUCUACCUCGUCCACAUCAAAGCCACUCCUGCCGCGCUUGCUGUUGCCCCCAUCUGGGGUCUGAUUGCCGUCACCAUGACGUUGUCCAAGACUAUUCUCUACGUCCUCAACGACUUUUGCUGCGGCUGGUGCAAGACGGGCCACAACGACUGGUACACGCUCAUUGUGUACUGGAUUCUUCCCAACGGUCUCUGGAUCCUCUUCCCGACCAUCAUCGCAUUCAUUCUGAUCCGAGAACUCUCGGCAUCGCUCAAGGUCGCUGCUGGAGUACAAGGUGCGACUGUUUCCACCCCUUCUUCCCCACCCCUCACUCCUGCUUCAUCUGCAGAAGCAGACAAAGCAGAACCCGGUUCUAAUCCGUAUCUGGUUGAUCAUUCGCAGCUCCCGAGCUGGGCACAGGACAACGCGUGGAUCGUCAAGGGCUACCGUCGCCCCGGAGGAGCACACCGCGACGAAAGCCGAAGCAAGUUUGAUCACGGUACAGUGUACAAGUGCUGGCGCAGUGUUUGGGCGUAUUGGCACAACGAGACAGUCAACAUUCACACGCAUCUGUGGGGUGCCGUCUUGUCGAUCGGUCUGUCAGUCAGCCACCUGCUUCAGCACCUCAAUCUCCUUCCAAGCUUUAUUCGACCUCUUUCGCACCAUCCCAUCUUUUACCCUUCCAGCCUCACCUUCACUACCGCUUCUGGCAAAGUGCUUCGUCUGGCCUCUGCAUCAUAUCCCUUCUCCUCGUCAGCCACCCGCCCUGCCUCCUCUCAAGCACUGCAUGCUACAGCCACCUCUAGCUUCCUCGGACGAGCACUAUACAUUUUCUCGUCCUCCACCUCGGCUUCGUCCACCUCGAACAUAGGCACAAAGCUCAGCAACCUCGUCGUCCGCGGUCCGGACACACUCGACGUGGCUGGCUUCACCGCCUUCUUCAUCGGCUCCGUCGUGUGUCUCGGCUUCUCGGCCACGUACCACGCCGUCCAGUGCCACUCACAUGUCGUCUCGAAGCAGUUCAACAAGCUCGACUACGUCGGCAUCAUCGUCAUGAUUGUCGGCUCGUUCCUGCCCGCGCUGCACUACGGCUUCUACUGUCAUCCGCACUUCCAGCUGUGCUACUCGCUCGGCGUAACGCUCCUAGGAGCGCUGGCUAUGUACGUGGUGCUGUCGCCGUCGUACAGCACUCCGCAAUAUCGGCCACAUCGUACGGCAGUGUUUCUAGUGCUCGGUCUGUCGGCGAUCAUCCCUACAGCGCAUGUAGUGCAGGUGUACGGAUAUGCAACGGUGACCGAGACCAUGGGAUUGCGAUUUCUGAUCCUCUCGGGUACAUUGUAUGUGGUCGGGGCGCUGUUGUAUGCAGCGAGGAUCCCGGAGCGGUUCGCGCCAGGUCGCUUCGACAUGCUAGGCGCGAGUCACCAGGUGUUCCACGUGCUCAUCCUCGCCGCGGCUGCUGCGCACUAUGUCUCUAUCAGAAGGGCAUAUGCGUUCUGGCAUACCGUCGAAGCGCUAAGCCCUGCAGAUGGUGCGAGGUCUGGUGUAUGUGCCGCGCUUCAGAGCUGA